AUGGCCGCAAGCAGUCCUGCACAAUCUCCGAGCUUCCAACCUUCAUCAUGGAGCCCAAUAGUGAUCGCCAUAAUUGGCACCAUGGGAACCCUAUUUCUAGUCUUUAGCUACUUUAACAUACUACGACGCUGCACACUCCACAACGUGUUUUUCUCUGCAAACGGUCAAAGAAGGCGUUUACACGACACAAUCCCAGAUGGUAACGAUCCUUCCCUACAGUUCCAGAGCCGUGGGCUCGACUCACUCACCCUGCAAAUGAUGCCGGUUACACAGUUCGAGAAAAAAAGCAAGUCUGCAGAUAAGGUGGUUGAUCAAAAUACUGAAUGUGCGAUUUGUUUGGGUGAGUAUGAAGAGGAUGAGUGGGUGAAAACGAUACCAAAUUGCUGUCAUGUGUUUCAUGUAGCAUGCAUCGAUACAUGGUUUCAAACUCAUUCGAGCUGCCCUCUUUGUAGAUCGGAUGUCUUCGAUCUUGAAGUUUCGGUCUCGACAUGUGGGAGUCUUGGGGGAAAUCUUAUUAGAGAAGAUGUUGACGAAGAACGAUCUGCCUUUUAUCAGGCUCUUCGUUCUCAUAUCCUGCAAAACUCUAACAUGGCUAGGCUAGAGAACUGA